CAACACUGACGUUUGGCAGUUGUAGAGAAGUACAGCAUGGAAGAUGAUGAUCCUGUUGUCGAAGAAAUAGAUGUUUAUCUGUCAAAAUCAUUGGCAGAUAAUUUGUAUCUUUUCCAAUAUCCUGUUAGACCCAGUAACAUGACUUACAAUGAUGUUGAAGACAUACAAGCUAGAGUGAAACCUAAGCAACAAAAAGUAGAACUAGAAUUACCUUUGAAUGUACAGAGUUCAAAUUAUGAUAAAGGUAAAGGUGAACAAAUUGCCCUCAAUGUUGACGGACGCCACGGAGGAGAGAACAGUUAUUUUAGCAGUUCUUUCAUGGAUAAGCAAAAAUUAACUUCAAGUAAAGCAGUUUCAUCAUCAGCACAGUAUGCAAUAGGAUUGUUACGGCCAGGUAAAGAAUUGCACUUAACUCCUCUUCAUGCAAUUAUUCAAUUACGACCAAGUUUUACUUAUCUGGAUCAAUCUGACAGUCGAGCCAAAGCAGAGCUUAAAGAAAGUGACGUCGAUGAUCCUUCACAAGAUGAAGAAGAAGAAGCUCAUAAGGUAACGGUGAGAUUUGCCGGUCCCGAUAGCGAUAAGGCCCGCCAAGCUAGAGAACGUUCUUAUAAUUACAUACAACAACAACUAGCAAAUGAACCCUGGGUUAACGUAAAAUAUCAUAAAUGUGGGUCUCAUGAAUCUGAAGAAGAAAUGAACAAACUUUUAUGUACCAAAACUGAUUUUGAUGCAUCUAAUUUAUUGACUACAUCGGAAAAUUAUGUGAAUGCCUUAUUACCAGAAACACUAAGACUAGCUCCGACGGUGAUUACGGCCAACCAACUCUCGGCCAUGUCAGAUAUCAAGAAGUCUCCUCUCGUGGAUCAGAUACGCACUCUUGUAUUAAAUGCAAAAGUAAUACAAUUUCACAGGCUGCUGGAAUGCGUGACUCCGAAUUCCGACGUGGCGGCCAUUUUACGACUACUUCAGCAAGUCGCAAUGCUGGUGCAAGGGUGUUGGGUCGUCAAGAGUGACGUAAUCUAUCCAAAAGAUAGUAUUAGUCCUUUAACUGGGGUUAAUUCCGAACUGCUUUGUAGAGCCAGAGAUUACAUCAUGUGGCGAUAUACUCAGGAAAAUAUCUUGAAAAGAAAAGAAAUAAUGUCUAUUGUUAAGUUACCUCUAGAAGAUAUUACAGAAAUGUUACGUCAUGUAGCGCAUUGGAAAGCAUCUUUAGGAUGGCAGUUUGCCUAUUCCUUUGACGAAAGUUUUGUGUCCAAGUAUCCAGAAAUAGUGCAAAGGCAACAGAUGUUGUGGGAUGCACGAUAUCAACAACUGACAAAGAUACUACAGUUAGGAGCCAAAGAUGUCAAAGGAACUAAAUUGCCAAAUUUGAAAGCAGAAAGGCAAAGGAAAACUAAAGUACAGACAACUUUAAGUAGUGUGACUGAGAACUGCAUAGUUGAAAAUUCUUGUGUAAAGAUGGACGUGGAUGUGCCAUCAAAUGUUAGAAUGUCGCCAACUGCCAAUAGAAAGGAAUCUGUUAACGAAAACUUGUUAGAGUCGACAACAAACAAAAACAGUUUGAUAACUAAUGGACCACAUCAUCACGUCUCUCAUCCAAACGAGCACCAGUCUAGUUUAUUAAAUACUGAAUUAAUGAGUGCUGUUCACGGAAAACUCAGGGAAAAAUAUUGUUUAACCUUGACUGAUCUUCGCAAUACGAAACUGGAAGCUUCCAGCAAUAAUAUUACUAACAUACCUGACAAAGUUUUAGAAGAUUGUAUUAUAGCAGUAGGAGGACAAAGACUUCAUAAUAAGUGGCCUCAAGAAACUAAUGCAGAAUCACUGUUUGCCUUAACACAAUUUGGAGAUCAUCUUGAUAAGUUUCGUGGAGCUUUGGUGCAACUCUUUGCAAAGACUGCAAAAAUUCGAAUAACGACGCUACAAAAGAAGUUAUUGGAUGAAGUCGGAGAAACAUUGUCGAAUGCCGACUUUAAACAGAUAAUCCAGGAAUAUUGUGUCUGUAAAUCUGGAUAUUAUUAUUUAAAGGGAACGAUGCAAACGGAUUCCUAGCCUCGGCAAUUUUUUUUUCUUUAUAAUUUGUACAUAAAAUAUAAAUAGUGGAUUAUAAUUAUGAACUGUUAGAAAUCUGUUGCUAUGGAAACAAAAUAUUUUUGUUGACGAAACAUUGUCUAAGUAAAAUAUAAUUAAUUUCCUUAAAUUCCUACAAAUAUGAAAUGAACACUGACUGCAUUUUUAUCAGAGUUUUCAUUUUACUUAAAAAGGAAAUUAUCAUCUGAUUUUUAUUCAAGUUUAAGGAAAAGUUUUGACGACCGAAAAACCGAUCAAAUCUGCUAAAAAUUUUCCGAAUUUUAUGAAAAUGAAGCAGUAAGUAAGGCAUUUUUUAUGGGAAUUUUUAUAUGAAUUUGAUUUUUGAACUUGUAUCAAGUUCAUGUUACAGAA